AUGAAGGAGUACAAAGUGGUGGUUCUGGGCAGCGGCGGCGUUGGAAAAUCCGCGCUGACCGUCCAGUUCGUUACGGGAACCUUCAUCGAGAAGUACGACCCCACCAUAGAGGACUUUUACAGGAAGGAAAUCGAGGUAGACUCGUCGCCGUCAGUGCUGGAGAUACUGGACACGGCCGGAACCGAGCAGUUCGCCUCUAUGCGGGACUUGUACAUCAAGAACGGACAGGGCUUUAUCCUGGUCUACAGUCUGGUUAACCAGCAGUCUUUUCAGGACAUCCGGCCCAUGCGAGACCAAAUAGUGCGCGUGAAGCGCUUCGAGAAGGUGCCGCUGAUCCUGGUGGGGAACAAAGUGGACCUGGAGUCGGAGCGCGAGGUGGCGGGUUCGGACGGCCGCGCCUUAGCCCAGGAGUGGGGCUGCCCCUUCAUCGAGACCUCGGCCAAAAGCAAGACCAUGGUGGACGAGCUCUUCGCCGAGAUCGUGCGCCAGAUGAACUACUCUUCGCUGCCCGAGAAGCAGGAGCAGUGCUGCACGGCCUGCGUGGUCCAGUGA